AUGGAGGAAAAUGUCAAAUACAGGAAAGAUGAAGAGGACCUUCUGGAUGAUCCUUCUCUCUAUCGGCGCCUGGUUGGGAGUCUUAUCUUCUUGACCACUACUGGACCUUAUAUCUCCUAUGUUGUUCAUCAGUUUGACGCAUCUUCUGCUAUCUUCGAGGUUCACCUACUCGAGGGUUAUUCUUUCCUACCGGCUCCUCUCUUCAACUUGUUGCCUAUAGCGAUGCUGAUUGGGCUGGGUGUCCAGAUACACGUCGAUCUACUACGGGUUGGUCUUGGGUUUCCUCAUACUACUUCUACACCUCUUCAUGCUGAUAACACUAGUGCUAUUCAGAUUGCCACCAAUCCUGUUUUUCAUGAACGUACCAAGCACAUUGAGGUUGAUCGUCAUUCUAUUCGAGAUAUCUUGGAAAGUCGGGUGAUAUCUCUUCAUCACAUCUCUUUUGAUCUCCAAGUGGCUGAUAUCUUCACCAAAGCUUUGACUCGACAGCGGCAUCAAUUUCUUGUUGGCAAAUUGUUGCUGGUCUCUAUCCCUCUAAGAAAGAUCAAGAGAACCAACCAAAGCGAGAAUGUGACAAAGCCAUCUCAGAAGUACAUGGAAAUCGUUACUGUGGAUAACUUUGACUUCUGA